UCUGUUCUCCCGCCCCGCUCGGCGCUCAGAGUUGGGGCUGCGCCGUUGCUAUGUACCGCCUGGUGCGCCUGGGCCCGCUGCGGCCGCCGGCGGUCCCGCGCAGCCCCCCGUGCCGGCUCCCGCUUGCCGCCGUUCCCCGCCUCGCCUGGGCUCGCCUCAGCCCGCCGUUACCCCUGGUAACGCUGCGAUCUGCCGCCGGCAGCUCUGUCAAGGAUGCAGGUGGAUUCCCUGAAAAGUCAGCCACGGAUCCCAGUGGGGAGGACAAGAAGCCAAACAAAUCCCAGCAGCUGAAGCAAGUUUUUAAAGAAUAUGGUGCCAUAGGGGUUUCAUUCCAUGUUGGAAUUUCAUUAGUAUCUCUAGGAAUCUUCUACCUGGCUGUGUCAAGUGGUGUGGAUAUGACUGCAGUUCUCUUCAAACUUGGUUUCAGUGAAUCAUCGUUGCAAUCUAAAAUGGCUGCUGGUACAAGCACCUUUGUGCUGGCAUAUGCUAUUCACAAAUUGUUUGCUCCAGUUCGAAUCAGCAUCACAAUAGUUUCUGUGCCAUUUAUUGUCCGCUACUGCCGGAAGAUUGGUUUCUUCAAACCUCCUGCCCCAAAUCCAUGAUGAUUUCUGACUGGUUUUUAUUUUUUAAAUGCUCUGUACCCAUGUAGCUUUUCAUAAUGCUAAAUUUAUUUGAAAGAUUUCUUUGGAUUCAUGUUAAUGCUGACCUCCUCUUGCAUUUCUUACCUGUUCUUUCAGGUAAAUGUUAAGCUGUGAAAAGUGCUGUCCUUAUCUUUUCUCCCUAUUGCCACCUCUUCUCUAGAAAAUCACAUUAAAAUGGUGUCUGUUCUCUACUGAAAGAGGUAACAUAAAUGCUUGAUAAUGAGUAGUGUCUUUAAAACACACAGUUCUGGGUCUUUAUAAUCUAGCUUUUGGGACCUUAAUUUUCAUCUUGCCCAAAUAGAUUGACAGCAUUAGUUUAUUACUGCAUAGAUAGGAAAUGGUGAGAUCCUCAAUAAUAACAGUAUCCCACUCUAAGAAUAGUUCUUUUGUUAAGUGUAUAUAUUGGAAUCUAAGCUGGUAGGUGGGUGGAUUUUUUUUGUUAUAAAAGGCAUUUAGUAUGACCCAUCCUGCAGUACAACACAGGCUGAAGUGGAAGUACCUGGACACUUAAUUAUUGCAAUGAUAAAUGUUUUACAAGAGGCAAUGCACUGUGCUGAAGCUACAGCUCCUAUGUGGUGCUUCCAUGUUUCCAAGCUUGUAUUGUUUGAAAAUGUGCUUUAUUUCUAGGCUAGGAACUGGCCUUACUGAAGUCCUUGACUUUUAAUUUUUUUAUGCUUAUAGACUCAUAAGGAGUCCUGAGUCUACUGAAAUCAGUGUAACCAACAUUACCUCCUGUGUAAACAUAUUCCAAAGAUCAGCAAGUCAGAGGCAAGGUAUCUAUGGGUUUUUUAAUGUACUAGAGACAUGGUUUUUAAUCUGAAAACUAACCCUAGCAGUUUUCUGCUCCUGUGGAUGAAACUCAAAUCUGCACCUGAAGUCCAGACACUACAAUUCAUAGCUUCUCAAGAACCAUUCCUGUGCUUUUGUGUGACCAUGCUGAAUGUACCAGUUACAGGUGUUUUUAAUUUCCUUAUUUGGACACUAUUCCUACUAGAAUGUAGUUGCACAUGCAUAUAGUCACAUAAUGCUUCAGUUAACCUAAACACUGGAUCCCAAAACUAGAGAGUCAGUUAUAACGUGCUGUGGUCAACCUGAAUUUCAGACUUAAGACUUCUGUGAGAGAGCUUGAGCCAGAUCUAGCAGUCUUUUGGAUGUGCUCCUUCUUCCAGGUCUGGUUUUUUUAUAUUGUCUCUUUGUGCUUACCAUUAUGCCAAGGUGGCUCUGAUACAGACCUUUUCAUACAGGAAUCUGAUUAAAGUAGAACAGCAGGAAGUUACCCUUCUAAGCAGCCUACUUUUCUGAAAUUGAUUUCAGAAGUAAUCAUUUAGUUAGUAUGAGAGGUAGCUGAGGGAGGAAGGAUGAGCAAGUAAUUUCUUUUCUCAUAACUCUCUUCACCUGUAACAUGAAAUUGCACCGUAAUUCCUUUUCCGUUCAGAAAGGCCAGCCCAUAGGCUGGUGAGGUGCAUGGAGGAGCCUCAGGUUCAUGAGUGAGCAAGCACAGGUUGUGUUUUAGGAAGAUAACUUAGCCACACAUAUCUUUGUACCUCUGUAUUACUGUUUUGUUGAUAACAAAGAUUCUCUCCAAGAGAGGUAGUUUAUUUUCUCUGACUUGGGGAAGCAAACUGAUACCAGAGACUGCCACUUGAAGACAGGGGCUUGGGCUCAGGGGAUUUUCAGCCCAGCUGAGAGUUUAGUGUUUUAAGCUAGAAGUGGUUGCAGCAGGGAGCAGGUACACAUUAGAGGAUGUACAAUACAUAGCCCAUACAUGGCUUAGGUAAAGAUGCUUUACAUAGUUAAAACACUGCUCAAAAUACCAACCUUAGGGCAUGCUGAGAGUCAGCCUUGCACUCUGUCCUGCUUACAGAGGAGGUGUCAGCUGGGUCACUACCAGCAAGGCAUGCUCUGCUGCUUCACUUACCCCUGUGUGGAAGGAGGAAGGGCUGUCAAGUUCACAGAGUAGCUGCUUGUUCAAAAACAAACACAACCUGGAUUUUUCCUUUCAUAGCUACUGAAGCUGGCAGCUUGUCCACUAUACCAGCUUCAGCUUGCUGCUGUCUGAGCCAGCUCUAAUUAGAGUGUAAGUUUCAAAUACCUUGUUCCUUAAGGAAGGGCUGUUCUAAAUUAACAGAAAAGUACAAGUCAAUCUUUUUUUUCAAAUCUUUCUGUAAAGCAGGAAUCACUAAAGCAAAUGCACCUAAACAGUUAAAUCACCAGCACUAACUAGAAAUUGUCUUGCAGUAAAGAAACAAGUUCAUUUAAGUUAUGACCAGAAUUCAGCUUACCUUUUCAGAUAAACAUGGUUGAAUGAACUACUGGCAAUUUUAGAUGAAGUUUUUUUGCAAAGAAUAUUUUAAAUUAAUUUGAGAAUAUUUUGAACUCUAGAAUCCUUGCUUGUAAAAGGAUCAUUUUUUAAAUGGCUUGUAAAAUAGUGAAGAUGACCUUAAAGUCUUAUGAUGGAAAUACAAUAAACUGCUUUCUCUUA